GUGUACGAACGCAAAUCGAUUGAUACGACAACUAUUCACACCUUUCGAAUUCUUUAAACUACUCAACAUAUGAAGAAUUUGUAAAUAAUAAAAAUUGAUAAAUAAAUGAUACGCAAUGAGUCUGACCGGAAGCGUGGUUAUCUUGUCAUCAAUGUGUCUCGACGACGACGUAUGACGAAUCGAUUAAUAUGCUGCAAUCAGAGUAUUUCAGUACUGAUAUCAAAUCUGUGAUCUUAUCAAUUUCGCGGUGAUUGGUAUUGCUGUUCCACCUUUAAAGAAGUCUGGAUGGUAAGUCAUUGAACACUUCACCGUGAACCAUGUGGCGACUGUUGGUGUUGCUCUUGGCCAGCUGGUACGCGUACAGCUACAGCCUCGAACCUAGGAUCAUUGGAGGCGAAAACACGACGAUCGACAAGUACCCGUAUCAAGUGUCUGUACAAGUCGGAGGCAAACAUGCAUGCGGUGGAUCCAUAAUCAGCGAAAACUUCGUGUUAACAGCGGCGCAUUGUGUCUAUAAUGAGUUAUUUCAGGAUGUGACAAUUCGCGUGAAGAGUACCUAUAGCGAGAAGGGUGGCGAAUUGAUCGGUGGCGUUAAGUUCAUGUGGCCACCUCCGUUCAAUAAAAAUACUUUGGAUUACGACAUUGCUUUGUUAAAGCUUCCAAAGCCUAUAACGAACGUGAAACCGAUUAAGCUGGCGGAUGCUUCGACGGUGGUGCCGGACGGAAGUAAAGCGAUGGUAACAGGAUGGGGUCGGCUAGUGCCUGGCGGAGGGAUGUCGAGCACUCUGCAAGUUGCUACCGUGCCUACGAUUAAUUGGGCAGAGUGCAAGAAAAAGUAUGCUAAUUUGAAACCUGGUGUCACGGAGAGGAUGAUGUGUGCUAGUAGUUUAAACGGGGACAUGAAUGUGUGCCAGGGUGAUUCCGGAGGUCCACUGGUUUUCAAUGGCGUUCAGAUCGGCAUCGUCUCCUGGGGUGAUGGAUGCACAAAUCGUGGAAAUUAUGGGGUGUACACGCGAGUAUCCAGUUUAAAUAAUUGGAUACAAAAGACGAUGAAAGAGAUAUACUCGGACAAUUGGGAAAAACAAAAUAAACGCUAUCUCUACCGGAUAACACUUCGAAGAAUUAAAAAUCAAAGGGCAAAAAGUAUCCUCGUUAUUAAUGACAUUUAUAUAAGAUGUGUGCUAAUUUGCGAAAUCCCGUGGGAAAACUUUCAAUUAUUCGUAACCAAUUUUUUUUUUUACAUAGAAUGCGACUUCUCGAUCCGACAUUUGGUAGGAACGAUUCCGAAACCGUGUUUCUUUUUGCCCUCUCGUUCUUCGACAGGGCACGAGUUCGUGCUCGUUACAACGGUCGCAGGGACAACGAUUGAGAAGAAAAAAAAGAAAUUCAACUUAAUUGUUGAUGAGGGCCGUAUUGUUGGAGGCCAGCCAGCGAGUAUCGAUGAACAUCCGUAUCAAGUAUCUCUGCGAUUUAACAAUCGUCACAUAUGUGGAGGAGCAAUUAUCAGCGAGGAAUGGGUCAUCACUGCGGCCCAUUGCGUUCAAACGAAAUUCAUUCGAUUCGUUUCGAUAAAAGCUGGCACUUCGGACCUCAGAGACGAUGGAAUCGUUAUCUUCGCGAAACAAAUCAUCAGCCAUGAUAAUUACAUGAGAAGAAACGCGGAUUACGACAUUGCUUUGGUUCGGUUGGAAAAGCCGCUGGUGUACAGUUCAUGGGUGAGACCGAUUCUGCUGGCACCGAUAGCCGAUCAUUAUAUCGCCGGUAGCAAGGCGGUGGUCACCGGUUGGGGAGUUUUGAGAAGUGACGGACCGUUGACCGAUCAGUUACGUAAAGUCGAGGUGCCGUUGGUUUCUAAUUCAGAAUGCUCCGAAUUAUACGUGACCCGACCGAUCACUUCGAGAAUGAUUUGCGCCGGUUACGUAAACCUCGGAGGCAAGGAUGCGUGUCAGGGUGAUAGUGGAGGACCCCUGGUGCAAUAUGACAAACUAAUCGGAAUCGUGUCGUGGGGUUUCGGAUGUGCAAGACCAACCUAUCCAGGCGUUUACACAAGUAUCACAGCUCUUCGAAGUUGGAUCACUGAGAAAACUGGAUUCUGAAUCAUUCUUCUUUAAUUACUAGACUGAGCGUACAAGCUCUAAAACGUUUUUAUUUAUCCUUAUGCGACACAUAAUUAAAUUGUGCAAAUAUUUCCGGACGAAAUAGUAUACGAAUAAAAAUACUGUGAUCACCAUAUACAACGUUACUAUGAUGCUUUCGAGAGAAAUAAACACGAGAAAAUGGAA